CCCUGCCACCCAGAGCCACCAUGGCCGAGCUGCCGGGGUCGGAGACGCCGGGGGACCCCACGCUGUGCAGUGGGCGCUUUACCAUUAGCACGCUGUUGGGGAGCGACGAGUCCCCACCGCCGGCUGCCUACGACAGCAGCCACCCCAGCCACCUGACCCACGGCAGCACCUUGUACAUGCGAACCUUUGGCUACAACACUAUUGACGUGGUACCGGCCUACGAGCACUAUGCCAACAGCGCCCUGCCCGGCCAGCCCCGCAAGGUCCGGCCCACACUGGCCGACCUGCACUCCUUCCUUAAGCAGGAAGGCAGCCACCUGCAGGCCCUGGCCUUUGACAGCCGGCCCAGCCAUGAGAUGACGGACGGGCUGGUGGAGGAGGAGGCGGGCACCAGCGGCGAGAAGAGCCCGGGGGAGCCCGUGCGCUUUGGCUGGGUCAAGGGGGUGAUGAUCCGUUGCAUGCUCAAUAUCUGGGGUGUGAUCCUCUACCUGCGGCUCCCGUGGAUUACGGCCCAGGCGGGCAUUGUCCUGACCUGGAUCAUCAUCCUGCUGUCGGUCACGGUGACCUCCAUCACGGGCCUCUCCAUCUCGGCCAUCUCCACCAACGGCAAGGUCAAGUCAGGUGGCACCUACUUCCUCAUCUCCCGGAGCCUUGGCCCAGAGCUGGGGGGCUCCAUCGGCCUCAUUUUUGCCUUUGCCAACGCUGUGGGUGUGGCCAUGCACACGGUGGGCUUCGCAGAGACCGUGCGGGACCUGAUCCAGGAGUACGGCUCGCCCAUCGUGGACCCCGUCAACGACAUCCGGAUCAUCGGCGUGGUCACCGUCACCGUGCUGCUGGCCAUCUCCCUGGCUGGCAUGGAGUGGGAGUCCAAGGCCCAGGUGCUCUUCUUCAUGGUCAUCAUGGUCUCUUUUGCCAACUACUUGGUGGGGACGCUGAUCCCCCCGUCUGAGGACAAGGCCUCCAGGGGCUUCUUCAGCUACCGGGGGGACAUUUUUGUCCAGAACUUGGUGCCCGACUGGCGGGGCCCGGACGGCAGCUUCUUCGGGAUGUUCUCCAUCUUCUUCCCCUCGGCCACAGGCAUCCUGGCGGGGGCCAACAUCUCCGGGGACCUCAAGGACCCUGCCAUCGCCAUCCCCAAGGGGACACUCAUGGCCAUCUUCUGGACCACCGUCUCCUACCUGGCCAUCUCGGCCACCAUCGGCUCCUGCGUGGUUCGUGACGCCUCCGGGAACCUGAAUGACACGGUGACCCCGGGCCUGGGCGCCUGCGAGGGGCUGGCCUGCGGCUACGGCUGGAACUUCACCGAGUGCGCCCAGCAGCACAACUGCCACUACGGCCUCAUCAACUACUACCAGACUAUGAGCAUGGUAUCUGGCUUCGCACCCCUGAUCACAGCCGGCAUCUUCGGGGCCACCCUCUCCUCUGCCCUGGCCUGCCUCGUCUCGGCCGCCAAAGUCUUCCAGUGCCUGUGCGAGGACCAGCUGUACCCUCUGAUCGGCUUCUUCGGCAAGGGCUACGGCAAGAACAAGGAGCCGAUCCGCGGCUACCUGCUGGCCUACGCCAUCGCCGUGGCCUUCAUCAUCAUCGCUGAGCUCAACACCAUCGCCCCCAUCAUCUCCAACUUCUUCCUGUGCUCCUACGCCCUCAUCAACUUCAGCUGCUUCCACGCCUCCAUCACCAACUCACCCGGGUGGCGGCCCUCCUUCCGAUACUACAGCAAGUGGGCGGCGCUGUUCGGGGCGGUCAUCUCCGUGGUCAUCAUGUUCCUCCUCACCUGGUGGGCGGCCCUCAUCGCCAUCGGCGUGGUGCUCUUCCUCCUGCUCUACGUCGUCUACAAGAAGCCAGAGGUGAACUGGGGCUCCUCCGUGCAGGCCGGCUCCUACAACAUGGCCCUGAGCUACUCCGUGGGCCUCAACGAGGUGGAGGAGCACAUCAAGAACUACCGCCCCCAGUGCCUGGUGCUCACGGGGCCCCCCAACUUCCGCCCGGCCCUGGUGGACUUUGUGGGCACCUUCACGCGGAACCUCAGCCUGAUGAUCUGCGGCCACGUGCUCAUCGGACCCCGCAAACAGAGGAUGCCUGAGCUCCGGGCCAUCGCCAACGGGCACACCAAGUGGCUGAACAAGAGGAAGAUCAAGGCCUUCUACUCGGACGUCAUCGCCGAGGACCUGCGCAGCGGGGUCCAAGUUCUCAUGCAGGCCGUGGGUCUGGGGAGGAUGAAGCCCAACAUCCUGGUGAUCGGGUUCAAGACGAACUGGCAGUCGGCUCACCCGGCCACGGUGGAGGACUACAUCGGCAUCCUGCACGACGCCUUUGAUUUCAACUAUGGAGUGUGCGUCAUGAGGAUGCGCGAGGGGCUCAACAUCUCGGAGGUGAUGCAGGCGCACAUUAACCCCGUGUUUGACCCGGCCGAGGACGGCAAGGAAGCCAGCGCCAGCAGGGCCCGGCCGUCCGUCUCUGGCACACUGGACCCCGAGGCCCUGGUGCGGGAGGAGCAGGCCAGCACCAUCUUCCAGUCGGAGCAGGGCAAGAAGACCAUCGACAUCUACUGGCUGUUCGACGACGGAGGCCUCACCCUCCUCAUCCCCUACCUCCUCGGCCGCAAGAAGAGAUGGAGCAAAUGCAGGAUCCGAGUGUUCGUGGGCGGCCAGAUCAACAGGAUGGACGAGGAGAGGAAGGCGAUCAUUUCUCUUCUGAGCAAGUUCCGACUGGGAUUCCAGGAAGUUCACAUCCUUCCUGACAUCAACCAGAAGCCGCGGGCUGAGCACACCAAGCGCUUUGAGGACAUGAUUGCGCCCUUCCGCCUGAAUGACGGCUUCAAGGACGAGGCCACCGUGGCCGAGAUGCGGCGGGACUGCCCCUGGAAGAUCUCGGAUGAGGAGAUGAACAAGAAUAGAGUCAAGUCCCUGCGGCAGGUGCGGCUGAAUGAGAUUCUGCUGGAUUACUCCCGAGACGCCGCGCUCGUCGUCAUCACCUUGCCCAUCGGGAGGAAGGGGAAGUGCCCGAGUUCGCUGUACAUGGCCUGGCUGGAGACGCUGUCCCAGGACCUCCGCCCGCCCGUCAUCCUGAUCCGAGGGAACCAGGAGAACGUGCUCACCUUCUACUGCCAGUAACGCCAAGCGUGGCCACGCCUGCCCGAGGCCGAGGGCGCAUCCCCUGGGAUACCCGCGCUCCGUCCCGCCCCAGGAUCUGACUGAAGAGGCUGCAGGUUUCCAAACUUUGGCCGGACCCCACUCCCCUCGGACCUGUCCUCCGGGCUUGGUUUUAUGGGCUGGAGAAGGAGCCUUGGAAGCUGGGUGAAAAGUUCUCUGGUGGAUCCAUCGUCCUUUUAAGUUCUUCUGAUUUUGAUGGCAGCAAUUAAGAUUUCAGUCUUUGAUUGGUAGACAAGUUUGA